UGGGGAGACCAGACCAGGAAAGGAGACGGAGACCCGAUUCGUUCCCACCUCCUCGCCGCCCACCGCUCUCCAUCUCCUCUUCUUCCUCCUCCUCCUCCUCUCGUCGUCCUCGUCGCCGUCUCGUCUUCUAUUUAUUUAGGAGUAUUUUUUUUUCAUCUAUCUAUCUGUAUCUAUCUAUACCCCCCGCCUCCCCGAUUUUUCUUCUUCUUCCUCCUCUUACCUCGCGUCGCCGCCGCGGGCGUCAGCGCUCGCGUCCCCCGUGUCUCGUUUCGUCCAUCACAACUCGCUCUCCGUGCGGCGGCGGCGGCGGCGAUCCCCGAUCGGGCGACUCCGGCGAUUGCGAGGUUGAAAUUAAUACAUUGAUGCUGUAUCAUCACAGAGGCGGUCUUUCUUAAUCUUCAAUAUUUUCUUAGAGCUAAACGGUUAUAUUUUGGUGUCUUCUUAGCAACAAUGCCAUCUCUUCAGUUAUUGCAACUGACAGAGCACGGACGCAACCUUUUGUCUUCGAGAAGGAGAACUCUUGCAGUUGUUUCUGGUGCGUUACUUGCGGGUGGAACUUUAGCAUAUGCUCACUCAGCUCGGCGCCAAAAACGUCAGGAAGAAUAUUCUCAUAGUGAUGCAAGUACACAGACCACGGGUAAUCAGAGCAUUUGUCAAAAUGGUGUUGAUGGUAAAUUGGUAAAAACAAGGAAAAAGAAAAAUGGGUUGAAAUCCUUACAAUUUCUGGCUGCUAUUUUGCUUAAAAAGAUUGGUCCAAAUGGAAUAAAUCAUCUUCUCGGCUUGAUGAUAACAGCUGUGUUACGUACUGCCGUUGGCCACAGAUUAGCAAAAGUUCAGGGCUAUCUAUUCAGGGUUGCAUUUCUUCGGCGUGUUCCAACCUUUACACGCCUGAUUAUCGAAAAUCUUCUUUUAUGCUUCCUUCAGUCCACAAUAUAUCAGACCUCCAAGUACUUGACAGGGUCCUUAGGUUUGCACUUUAAGAAGAUUUUGACAGAUCUUGUCCAUGCUGAUUACUUUGAGAACAUGGUUUACUACAAACUCUCGCAUGUAGAUCACCGGAUCUCAAAUCCAGAACAAAGGAUUGCUAGUGAUAUUCCUAAGUUCUGCUCGGAACUAAGUGGACUCGUACAGGAUGAUCUGACUGCAGUUGCAGAUGGGUUAAUAUACAUCUGGCGCCUCUGCUCUUAUGCAAGUCCAAAAUAUGUUCUCUGGAUUCUGGCAUAUGUACUUGGUGCUGGUGGUGCAAUUAGAAAGUUUUCUCCUGCUUUUGGGAAAUUAAAAUCCAUGGAGCAACAGCUAGAAGGGGAAUAUCGGCAGGUCCAUUCACGUUUGAGAACCCAUGCUGAGAGUGUGGCGUUUUAUGGUGGUGAGAACAGAGAAGCAUCGCACAUCAUGCAGAGGUUUCAGGCUCUUGUGAAGCAUUUGAAUGUUGUUCUUCAUGAAAACUGGUGGUUUGGCAUGAUUCAGGAUUUUCUUCUUAAGUAUCUUGGUGCCACCGUUGGAGUUAUCUUGAUUGUUGAACCUUUCUUUGCUGGAAACCUUAAACCUGAAUCAUCCACUUUAGGACGGGCAGAGAUGUUGAGCAAUCUUCGGUAUCAUACUAGCGUCAUAAUAUCAUUAUUUCAGUCUCUUGGAACCCUUUCUAUCAGUUCAAGACGCUUGAAUCUUCUCAGUGGCUAUGCAGAUCGUAUUCGCGAGUUACUGGAUGUUUCACGUGAGCUAUCUGGGGUUCGUGAUCUAUCUAUGAAUAAAAAAUCUUCUGUAGACAAUUAUAUCAGCGAAGCAAAUUAUAUAGAAUUUUCGGGUGUUAAGGUGGUGACACCCUCAGGGAACGUCUUGGUUGAUGAUUUAACUCUUCGGGUAGAGUCGGGUUCUAAUCUUUUGAUAACUGGUCCUAAUGGUAGUGGAAAAAGCUCCCUUUUCCGGGUUCUUGGGGGACUGUGGCCACUUAUGUCAGGCCACAUUGUGAAACCUGGUGUUGGCUCUAAUCUUAACAAAGAAAUUUUUUAUGUUCCCCAGCGACCAUAUACAGCCGUUGGAACACUUCGGGACCAGCUUAUCUAUCCACUUACAGCAGACCAGGAAACUGAACCACUUAGCUAUGGUGGCAUGGUGGAUCUUCUAAAGAAUGUGGAUCUGGAAUAUUUGCUAGAACGCUACCCUCUUGAUAAGGAAGUUAACUGGGGUGAUGAAUUGUCUCUUGGAGAGCAACAAAGAUUGGGAAUGGCCCGGCUGUUCUACCAUAGGCCAAAGUUUGCCAUCCUGGAUGAAUGCACUAGUGCUGUGACAACUGAUAUGGAAGAGCGUUUCUGCAAAAGGGUUCAAGCAAUGGGCACAUCAUGCAUAACAAUCUCUCAUCGUCCAGCAUUAGUUGCAUUUCAUGACAUCGUUUUGUCUUUGGAUGGAGAAGGAGGGUGGACAGUUCAGGAAAAUAGAAAUGGCUCCUUUAUCUCUGCUGAACCAGAGUUUGAUGCAUUGAACUCAUCAGAAACUGAUCGUAAAUCUGAUGCACUUGCUGUUCAAAGGGCUUUUAUUGCCAACACAAAGGGUAAUGCUUUAAUGGGCCCCAAGGAUCAUUCUUAUUCUACACAGCUCAUAGCCACUUCUCCCAAUAUGGAAAUAGAACACACAGAACGGUCAAAUCUAGUUCCACAAUUACAGUGCUCACCAAGACCUUUGCCACUCCGAGCUGCUGCAAUGUCAAAAAUACUGGUCCCUAAAUUAUUUGAUAAGCAAGGUGGGCAGUUGCUUGCAGUGGCAUUGCUUGUUUUCUCUCGGACUUGGAUUUCAGAUCGUAUAGCUUCACUGAACGGAACGAGCGUUAAGUAUGUCCUGGAGCAGGACAAAGCUGCCUUCCUUCGGUUAAUUGGGAUUAGUGUGCUGCAAAGUGCUGCAAAUUCAAUUGUGUCACCAUCACUAAGAAACCUUACUUCAAAGAUUGCCCUUGGCUGGCGAAUUCGCAUGACCAACCAUCUACUUCAAUAUUAUUUGAAACGAAAUGCUUUUUACAAGGUAUUUAACAUGUCAGGCAUCGAUAUUGAUGCAGACCAAAGAAUCACACAUGAUGUGGAGAAGUUGACCAAUGAUCUUGCUGGCCUAGUUACCGGAAUGGUGAAACCACUUGUUGACAUUCUUUGGUUUACAUGGAGAAUGAAGAUUUUGUCAGGGCGAAGGGGAGUUGCUAUUUUGUACGCAUACAUGUUGCUAGGUCUUGGUUUUCUAAGAGCUGUUUCCCCUGACUUUGGUGAUCUUGCAAAUCAAGAACAAGAACUUGAAGGAACAUUCAGGUUCAUGCACUCAAGAUUGCGGACACAUGCUGAGUCAAUAGCUUUCUUUGGUGGUGGAUCAAGGGAAAAAGCUAUGGUUGAAGCUAAAUUCACAACGAUGCUUAACCACUCAAGGACUCUUCUGAGAAAAAGAUGGCUAUAUGGUAUUUUUGAUGAUUUCGUGACGAAGCAGCUACCUCACAAUGUGACAUGGGGGCUUAGUUUGUUAUAUGCUUUGGAACACAAGGGGGACCGAGCUUUGACUUCAACUCAAGGAGAGUUGGCACAUGCACUUCGAUUCUUGGCAUCUGUGGUGUCACAAAGCUUUAUAGCUUUUGGUGAUAUUCUUGAGUUACAUAAAAAAUUCCUUGAACUGUCCGGUGGUAUUAAUAGGGUGUUUGAACUCGAAGAGCUUCUACAGACAUCUCAAAGCAAUGCUGCCAUGCCCUCUAAUCCUAUUAUUGCGGCAUCGGAAGAAAUUAUUUCCUUCCAUGAUGUGGAUAUCGUAACGCCAUCUCAAAAGCUAUUGGCUACCCAGUUAUCUUGUGAUGUAUCUCAAGGAAAAAGCCUUCUUGUGACUGGCCCAAAUGGCAGUGGCAAGAGCUCCAUUUUUAGGGUGCUCCGAGGUUUGUGGCCCAUCGCUUCAGGGAGGCUUACCAUGCCGUCUGAUGGCAUCUUUCAUGUUCCGCAACGUCCGUAUACUUGUCUAGGAACCUUGAGGGAUCAGAUCAUAUAUCCCCUCUCUCAUGAGGAGGCAGAGUUGAAGGUUCUUUCAUUAUACAAAUCAGGUGACAAGGCAAUAACUUCUGGGUCACUGGAUGAUCACCUGAAGACAAUUCUAGAGAAUGUUCGAUUGGUCUAUCUUCUAGAAAGAGAAGGGUGGGAUGCUACUCCUAACUGGGAAGAUAUUCUAUCCUUGGGAGAACAGCAGAGGCUAGGCAUGGCUCGUUUGUUCUUCCACUGUCCAAAAUUUGGUAUCCUAGACGAGUGCACCAAUGCCACAAGUGUCGAUGUUGAGGAGCAUUUGUACAAGAUAGCAACUAGUAUGGGCAUAACUGUCAUCACCUCGUCACAAAGGCCUGCUCUGAUACCCUUCCAUUCGUUGGAGCUGAAACUCAUCGAUGGUGAAGGAAAGUGGGAACUAUGUACAAUCAACCAAUAAUUGAUGUGGCCAACUUGAAUUUUUGACGAGUUUUCAUCAAGUGCCUAUUCACCAGUGGCUGCCUUUACAAGCCAUGAAGAAAAUACCAAUUCACAUUAGGAGACUUGCAUACUUUCACGCAGCAUAUGCGCUUAUACGAGAUUCUUUUUUCCUUGGUUAGAGGUUUGAGAUAUAGCAAAACAACAUACAGGAGUUGUAGAGUGGAAAGGUAGAUAUUGACUUGUAGCCCCUAAGAAGAUAGAUAGCGUAGUACAUAAUUUGUCCUUCCAGCCUAAUUGAUUGGCUUGUAGCAAUUGUAACACGGAGCACGAAGUGUGCCCUUGCAAAUGUUAGCUCUUUUAUAUAGAAAAAAUAUCUUUUAUUUUGUUAUUUCGGUGUUA